GGGAGGGAGGAUUGAUCCGCGUCUGUUAAAAUCUUGUUCUGGUUUUUCUUGGAGUGAGGUCUGUGCCUGCCGACGCGCCUCUCCUGUGCAGCCCCCCUCAAGAAGAGCUUUUUAAUGGAAGGAAACCUUGGAAUUUUUUGAAAGGGUGAAGGAUCUGCAAUAAUACCAGUGAAGUGGAUAACAACGCACGGCUGGGCUUCUUCUUGCGUUUUUCUCCUCUGGUGUCUGAAUGAAACAGAGAGGCAGAUACAAGGGGAAGAGAAACGGUGCAGGUUCUGGACUGGGAGUCGAUCUGUCAGUGUGAUUUGGGGUAAACACGUUCCCAGUGCGCCCGUUUUAACUUUUUAUUUCUCAGAAAACUGGCGAGCUCGACUCCUCUCCUCUUGCACCGCGGACUUCGUUUUUUUUUUCUCGGAACGAAGAGACUUUCGUGUUUCUCCCCCCCUUCAUAGAAACUGCCUAAACUUUCUACGUUUAAAAAAAUAAAUAAAAAGAUCAGAUUGCAUUUUCCCCCUUCAAACAUUUUGGAGGUGAUGUCAUCGUGCUGUGUUUUGGCUGGUAUUGUGUCGAGAGGGCGCAGGGAGGACUGCUGCAGCCAGGCGGUAACCAGCGGCUGAGGCGAGAGGGGAAGUCCGGAAAAUCAGGUGCAAAGUGCGGCUGUCAUUUCCUCGCGGUGUCGCGGGUGGCUGAGUCCGCCACCCAGUCACAGCUGUUCCCAUCCUCUCCAGCCACCCCUCCCUCCCUCGUCUUUCUUUCCCCUUUAUUAUCCCCUCCCAUUCUCAUUCAGCACUCUCCAUAUACCCCUCUGAGCUGGACCGCUCCGGGACCUUAUCGCCCUCUCUGUCGGACACUGUCGGUCGGUGUCACCUGAGCCACAGACCCGUUGAGCCAGCGUGGGGGAGCAGACAUGACCGAGGCCGCCUUGCGUUACCCUGCGCCCGCAGAGCCCCCGUCUCCAGCUCGCCGUUUGCUCCAUCAGCCAGCCCAGGUAGCCCACCUCCAACAGCUCCUGACCCCGCUCUGCUGGGACUAAACCUGCCUGUCUGUGCCGGGACAAACACUCCACCACUUUCUUUUACCACCUCACCUACUACAGAAUUCAUCUCGGAGAGCCAGAAGCUCGCUGUUGCGCUGAAACGUUACGCAUUGGAUUACGCAGAAGAUUACGCACGCACCGCAGCUGUGCACAGGGCCGAGCAUCACUCUGAGGGGUCAACAAGGUCGAUUGGAGUUGGUUAUCUGUGACGCGUGAGCGCGCUUUCACCUGUUCCUCUCCUUGUCGGGGACGCGCAGCGUUUAAAGCCCUAACCCCCACCCCCCCCUUUCUUGCUCCCCCGCCCAUCCGUCUCUCCACCAGUCUGGACAGCUGUUAGAGGUUGCCCGGCGGUCACAGUGGCACACUUACCCUGGCCUCACACCCCACCUCGCCCGCGCCCGCACAUUUACCCACGCCGGGGGAACCGGGGCACAUCGCCGCCGAUGCCAACGGGAGUGUCCGCUGACUCUUUGACUCUGCACAACAUCCAGCGGAUUCAAAACACACAGGGGGACUCUCCGGACUGUCGGACUGGCUCAGACCGAGCGAGGAGACCGUCUCUGGGCCAAGUUCCAUAGUGGAGGGGGGAAGCAAUGUGGUCCCUUCUUUCCACGCUGACCGUCUUAUGUAUCCAGAUGUUGCUGGUGAUGUGCAAUCCAUUACAGCAGGUACUUGGUGUGGAUGGAGUCAACUUCAGUGUACAUGUGGAGAACCAGACGCAGGUGCGAGACACCAUGAGCCGGCGACACCACCGGGUCUACCAGCUCUACAGCCGCACCAGCGGCAAACACGUCCAGGUGCUGGGACGCAGGAUCAGCGCCCGAGGAGAAGAUGGAGACAAAUAUGCCCAGCUCGUAGUGGAGGCCGAUACCUUCGGUAGCCAGGUGAGAAUCCGGGGCAAAGAAACCAAUUUCUACCUGUGCAUGAAUCGCCGCGGCAAGCUGGUAGGAAAGAAGGCCAGUAAUCGAAGUGCCGACUGCGUCUUUGUGGAAAAGGUUCUGGAAAACCACUACACAGCCCUGAUGUCGGCGCGCUACACGGGCUGGUACGUGGGCUUCACUAAAAGAGGGCGUCCUCGCCGUGGCCCCCACACGCUCCCCAACCAGCAGGAUGUGCACUUCAUGAAGCGCUUCCCACCUGGGGAGCAGCCUGACCUCACCACCCCCUUCCGCUUCACCACCAUCAGCAAGCGGGGCAAGAGGGUGCGUGCUACUGGGCCCCGCUAGUAGUGGCUAACGCUAGCACCCACUGUCUUGUCACCCAAAGCCUUGACCUGAGCCUGCCAAUGGCUAACCCAGUCAUCUCUUCUGUCACACAUGACUGAACACCUCCCUUUGUUGGGACAAACAUUGACCAGAAACUUGAUGAAUCAUUCACGGGGUUUAGCUUUACACCUACUAAUUUGCCACUACAGCCCCAUAGUUAGUGAUCAUUCCUCUCAGUUUUAGUUCCCUUACUGGACCAACUGGACCAUUGCUGGUUCGUGGCUGGAAGCUUCUAUGGACCUGGUCUGCUUCCCCUCAUUGGCCAGAAAUACUGACAGGGAAUCUGAAGGGCAGCCAGAGUCCCAGGCUCUACAAAGGCCUUUAUUCCCCCACCACAAAAACCACAAGGCCUUCACGUCUCCUGUUCUGGACCAGCAGGACACUGUCAAGUAUGGGAUUACAACUGGACCAUACAGAGAGAACAACGGUGGGAAAGACUGACUGAACAAGAGAGUGGGUGCUUAGCCUACGGAUAAAGGGAAAACAGGAAGGAGAAGACAGGAAAACGGCGGAGUGGACAAAGGGAUAGAGUGAUCUGCACAGAUCAAAUGGACCAAUUAUGGACUGUUGACAUGUGACGCACUUAUUUGUCUCACUGCUAAACUGGUGGGAACCUGUGAGACUGUUGGACGAGUGGAAGGAUGGAUGACAAGAGGAUGAAUGAGGGAAUGAUUGAGAGAGUGACUUACUGAAUAAAUGCAUGUUUGUAAGAAGACGACGAGGAAAUGUAUGUAAGAGUGUGUGCGCUUGCGUGUGUCUGUGUGCGUGAGUGAGUGAACGAGUGCACCAACAACCAUGAGUGAAGCUGGAUCACGAGGGACUCUGGAAAGGGACCGUUGCAGUCCCUGCAUGAACCCGUGACAACUCACCGCAGGGACUGAAGCUUUAGGAACUGGAAUGUAUAAAUAAAAAACCAAGCUGCACCAAAUACAGCCAGCCAAUCACAGCAAACCAAACCAACGACCAACCAAAGACAACUGGAGACCUUCUUCAUGACUCCUCCCUACGCCAUGCCCACCCCCCAACCCCCAAGGACACAACACCCUCAGCUUAUAGGCGCAGAGGGUGACGAGCGCAGGGACGAGCACGGCGGGGAGGGUGCCUUCUCUAUUAGCAUUGCUAUAGAAACGACCCAGGGGACGAUGAUGCUCCCGUGCGAUAACCGUGGAUACAGAGUGCUGCUACCAGGACAUUCAGUGGAACAAACCAAAGUCUCAUGCAUACACACAGGAGAAAAAAUAUUAAAGGGAACAAUUUAUUGAAAGUUAUAUAUAUUAUAUAUAUAAAAGAAGACAGAAACCCUAAAUAAGCAAUCUUACUAUGAUGGUUACUAUAAUUAUUAUGAUAAAAUUAUUUCAUUUAUUUAUUUCAGCUCUGUGUGCAGCAGUCUUUCUCGACUCAGUAAACCUUACA